AUGUUACAAUAAUAGCAAGUGGAGGAUCAAAAUGAGCCAAUCUCUUAAUUCAAAUAAAUUCCUAGAUAUUAAUCUUUCAAAAUAUUGAAUCCAUAAGUUUAUUAUUACCAUGUAGCUCCUGGAAACAAUAGCAAACUUAUUAUUUAAACAAUGAAAAAAAGAAAGAAUUGGUAAGAAUCAGAAAAUAAUUUAAUUCAUUUUCAAUGGAACAUGAGCGACAAGAACUUUAAAUAUCUUACACUCAGCUAAUCCAAUAUUCAAAUUGUUAACCAUUUACAGAAUCACAGAGAACUUACCAUGAAAUGCAAUUUAAUAAGAAAUCUAAAAUAGUUUUGUUAAUCCAACAAGCGCUAUGUAUGGGAUGUAACUCCAUUAUCUUUCAUCAUUGACCUUUAUUCUUAAGAAAGCAAUCUAAAUAGAGUUCUCUAGGAAUUCACAUACUUUUAUGAAUAAUUCAAACCUUCAAGCGACAAGAAAUCUUAACAUAAUUGUCCCUCCAAGCGGUAUUAAUAAUAUAUCCACCCUAAAAUGCACUAUAGUUUUUACGACGAAGAAGACAAUUACAUUUGGAUUUUAAAGCCAAAUGAAUUCAAUCGAGGAAGAGGUAUCCAAUUCUUCAGAACCAUUGAAGAACUCAAGCAAAUAUUAAAGGAUUUCACUAAAGGCACUUCUGAAUAUCAAUUUAGUCAAGGUUAAAUUAAAUCCUCCUCUUUUGUGAUAUAGAAGUACAUUUAAAGACCAUUGCUAUUAGAUGGAAGAAAAUUCGAUAUUAGAAUAUGGGUUUUAGUAACCUAUUCUUUUGAGAUUUAUGUUUUUAAUUAGGGUUAUGCAAGAUUGUCUUCGGAAAUGUUUGAUCUAAACCAAUUGGAUGCAUUUAUUCACUUAACUAAUAAUGCUGUUUAAAAACACUCCAAAAAUUAUGGGUUUUUUGAAUUGGGAAAUUAAAUUUCAUACUCAGAAUUGGAUUAUUAUACAAAUGGAGAAUUCACCAAAACUGUGUUACCAAAACUUAAGUCAAUUAUAGUCUUUUCUUGGAUGGCAGUACAAAAUACUUUUAAAAAAUUUAAAUAUUCUUUUGAGAUCUUUGGAUAUGAUUUUAUGUUAGAUGAAUAAUUGAAGCCAUGGCUUAUUGAAAUCAACACUAAUCCGUGUCUUGAAGAGUCAUCGCCAUUAUUGAAAGAAUUGAUACCAAAAAUGAUAGAUGAUGCAUUUAAAAUAGUGAUUGAUCCCUUAAUUAGUAAAGUCUCAGAACCAACUGGAUGGGAUCAUCUUCUGCAAUUAUGA